AGUCAUAACCCUUCCUCUCCUCCGUCCAACAGAGCCUUAGCAAUCUUACAAUCCGCUCUCUCUUCUCCGUAUCCUCCUGGAAAAUCUUCUGCACCACCGCUGCGGUUCAAUCUCGAAGUGAUCGAGAACACACCGCCAACCGCCGACCAAGUGAAGACCAUCCUCUCCUACCUGCCUUCGGUCGGCGACUCUUCUGAUCCUCACCACAUCGCGAGGCUGCUCUCGUCGCACCCGUCUACUCCAGCACUCCCUGAUCGCCCACAUAACGCCGAAGCCCUCGUCCGUCUCGCGAGUCACAACCCUAAUGCCAUCCAGUGGCCGAUUGUCGUAGACUGGGAUGGCGGACGGGCAAGUGUCGGGAACGUUGAGGGCGUGAGCGCUAUUCUGGAGGCUCUGAGGCAGAAGAGAGACGGGGAGGUGAAAGAUGCAGAGGAAUAUAAACCAAAGGGGUGGUUCUCGUAG